UUGUCGCAGGAAUGCUUCGAUUGUGGUGCGCGAAAUCCAACGUGGGCAUCGAUAACGUACGGUGUCUACAUUUGCAUUGAUUGCUCAGCGGUUCAUCGCAAUUUGGGUGUGCACAUCAGUUUUGUGCGGUCCACAACGCUCGAUACCAACUGGACAUGGCUGCAACUGCGAGCUAUGCAGUUCGGCGGAAAUGCAAAAGCGACGCACUUUUUCAAGCAGCAUGGUUGCAAUACAACGGAUGCUCAACAAAAAUACAAUAGUCGGGCGUCAAAUCUUUAUAAGAAUAAAUUAGCUUCGUUGGCUGCAAAAGCUCACCAGCAGUAUGGCACAUCAUUGAUGGUGGACGGCAGUGAGCUGAUGGCCGAUGAAGAGGAAGAAGCAGUGUCCGAAGUGAAUAAAAAUGAGGAAGAUUUUUUUUCGCAGAAAUUUAUUGCUCAUCAAAGCAAUUCCGCCACAUCAAUUAGCCAAGAUGCUUUCAUACGCAGCAGUGCCAGUGAGCCAGCAGUAGGGCCAAGUGUUGAAGGGCUUUCAUUGAGCGAUAAUCCACCGAGUGAGCAAAAUGUGCUGUUGAAAUCAAAUAUUGCCACAAAAAAAGUACCGGUGAAAAAGCUUGGGUCAAGCGCUAAGAAAGGGAUGGGAGCGCAUCGUAUAAAAGCGAAUUUCGGUGAAAUCGAAGAAAAAGCGGCUAAUUAUGAUAAGAAAAAGGAGUCUUUGGAACAUUUUUCCACCAGAAUUGCAAAAGCUCUCGUUGAUGAUGACGGUGCUGGUGCGGAUGGUGCUGCUAAAGGAAACUUUUCUGAUAGAUUUUUAAUCCAAGGACUUGAAAAAAAGGGAAAUGUAGGAACAUUUUGA